CUUAUCAUAUCUCAUAUCCCUAUUAAACAAAAUAGGGUAGUAGGGGGAGCAUUCGCCACUGGGCCACAUUCGCCACCCACGGUUAUCUCUAAACUCAGUAUAGCAAUCGAACUUGAAUUAUCGAUAAUGUUUGCUUCAUCUGACCACCUCUUGUUUAACUUACUUUGGAAAUUGAAGUUUGCAAGUGAUUGUAAACAGUCGCGUUUAUUCCGUUUUUUGUGUUGCAGUGGAAAGUUUUUAAAGUACGUAUAUUUUGUAAUAACAUUGUCAAUUAAGGUGUUCAGUAAAAGAUUUUCAUAAGUGUGAUACCGACUAUAUUGCUUUUAGUAAAAAUACAAAAAAGGUUUUGAUAAAGUGCUGGAGAGUGUAAAAACAAAGUGAGUUUUGAAGCAUGCCUGCACCUGGGGCACAUCCGCCACACUACAGGUGGGGUUGUUUCGCCUGCAUAUGUGCCCCAUGGGGUAAAUUCACCACAGGCAUAUGUACCAUGAUGGGAUAAAUUUACCAUACCCCAUCUGGAAAAUGAGCACAUGAGUAGACAUAUUAAAACGUGGGAAAUAUUUUAUAAACUGAUAAGCGCAUUUUGGUACUUGUAUCUACAUUUUCCACAUAGGUUGUUAUUAGCACCAUGGUUCGAAACUAUAAAAAAAAGACAGACCGAAGUGAUUUGGAUGAGAAAAAAGGUAAACUUGCAAUCAAGGAUGUUCUUUCAAAGAAAUUCAAUAUAAGUGAAUCUGCGCGAACCUAUGGCUUCAAACGCACUACGUCACCAGACCGACUAGCGAAGAUAAAUAAAGAAAGAGCUAAACCACUUGAUGAUUCCGGGCAAUCCUCUUACGAUGAGACAUUUUUGUUCUCUUCGAAAUAUAGCUCAAAGCAGAUAUUUUCAAAAAAAAAUGGAAAAUGUAAUAGCAGAAUACUUCAAAGUAUGUUCAAACCUCCAACAUGGAUUCACGUACAGCGCUGCACGGAAGUUCGUUUUUGAUUAUGCUGAAAUGAAUGAAACUAAAAUCCUUUUAUCCUGGACAAAUAAUAUAAUAGCAAGAGUUGAUUGAAUGCAAGGCUUCAUGAAAGGACACAGUGACUUAAGUUUGAGAAAACCAGAAAACACCAGCCAUGCGCGUUCUAUGUCUUUUACCAAAGCAGCUGUUAUGGCAUUUUUUGACAAUGUGCACAUUCUGUGUAGUAAAUUUUCGUUUGCUCCUGUCGACAUUUAUAAUCUUGAUGAAACAGGAAUAACAACUAUGUAUUAUGCCUCCUCCAAAGAAUUUAGCCCACACAACCCAUAAAGGCACACCCUAUUGUUCACAACACAACGGGAAAACCACGCCAUUUCUAGAAACACAAGAAGAUUGAGAAACCAGACUUGCAGAUGAAAUGACAACAACAACGCAUACGCAGCUGUAAAACCACGCCACGCAAGCAAUACAACGGGAUACCACGGAGACGGAGAAAUCAGACAAGCAGACAAAACAACAACAAGCAUGCAUACGCAGCGGUAAAACCACGCCACUGCCAGCAACAUACGCCGUCCCAGCAACACACGCCAUCCCAACGCAACAUGUUGCGAAUGUUUUAGCACGCAGCACAGGCUUGCUGGGGAGUUAGGUGAUCGAUGAGCAGUCAGUCAGCACGGGACUGUGACAGCGUACGCACGUUUGGCAUCAGACUACGCAGUGAGUUUAUCCUCUAGCUAGUCUUGGUACCCUGACUUGUGAACGCCGUCUGUUAAGGGUGAGCUUGGUAGUGAGUUUAUCCUCUGACCAACUCAACCUUUAACAUCGCGGUCGCUAACGAAGUCUUCCGUGAUCCGGGAUCUUUACGCGGCAAAGUAAUUAAAAGGACCUCUCCAUCGUAGCAGAGGAGCGUAAACGGGUAUAACAGUGCAGCGUUAUUGAAGCCUACACGAGCGUCGGCAGAAGUAGCCGGACGUAGUCGUCGUAGCACGCGAGCGUCAACGUAUAAGCCAGGACAUCGUCAUCGAAGUUUACAGGAGCGCUGGCAGAAAUAGCCGGGCGCAGUCGUCGUAACAGAGGAGUGUCAACGUGUACGCAAGGAAGGCGACACGGGAGCGUCAACGUACAUCAGAGGAUAGUGUCAGCGAAGCCAACGCCAGCGCCGGCAGAAGUAGCCGCGUGUGAUCGUCGCGGUACAGAGCAGUAAGUCGUCUAGCGCCCAGAAGCGCAACAGAGCGGGAAACGGUAUUGCCCUAACGGGCCACACAGAACCGUUACCCUGACAGCGUCGUCCUCGAGCGACGACAGUACAACGCAGAAGACAAUUCUGUAACAUAGAUUAAUAUAUGUAUUUUAUAUUUUACAUAUUAACAUAAGUUGAAUGAAAUAAAGUACGAUUCGCAGAGGAGCCCCAGUAUCUACAAAUUUAUUGUAACGAACCCUGGACACGGCGAGUAUACCUCAGCAAUUCAUACUUGUAAGAAGCAGGGGCAGAAAAAAGCUUCGUUACAAUCUUUAACCUAACCUAAUGGUUUUUUCCUAGGUGAUUUCGACGAAAGGAAAGCGUACUGUGUCUCAGGUGGCGUCCGCGGAAAGAGGUUCUUUAGUUACCAUGGUGGGCAUAAUAAAUGCUACUGGAAAUGCACUUCCACCAGUAUACGUUUUUCCGUGAGUUAAGUACAAAGAUCACUUUGUUAAUGGUGGUCCCAACGGCUGCGUAUUGCUGCUAAAAGUGGGUGGAUGUCAACGGACGGCUUCUGUGAAGUUCUGGUUCAUGUUCAAAAAAACACCCGAUGUUCCUUAGAAAGACCGAUUUUGCUUUUUUUGGACAAUCAUGUUUCGCACUGCAGCUUGGCUGCUAUAAUGUUUUGCAGGGAGAAUGGCAUCCACAUGAUAAGCUUCCCACCGCUUUCGUCGCACAAGUUACAGCCCUUGGACAUAUCGGUAUUUGGACCAUUUAAAAAACAUUUGGCCACGUCAUAUAGUGAUUUCCUUUUAUCCAAUCCUGGACGAGCUAUUACGAUUUACGAUAUACCUCAACUUUCGAAAAUUCCUUUUCAAAAGGCAUUCGUCUCUGAAAACAUAUGCAAAGGUUUUUCCACAGUUGGAAUAAGUCCAUUUAACAGACAAGCAAUUCCUGAGGCAGACUUCAUUAGCGUAGAUGUCGAACAUCAAACUGCUGAUAUUGACUUUGCAUUAGAAUUAGUUACAAACCAAAACAAUGUUUCAAUUGAGCCUGCUACUCCUUGCAAAUCUUCACCCAUACCAUCUGUUGGCAAAACUCCAGAGCAAGUUCGCCCUAUUCCCAGAAUAAUCAAACCUUUUAACUCUUCGAAGUCAAGGAAAGGUUCAUCUAAAAUUCUUAGAUCUACACCUUCCAAGAAAGAAAAGGAGAAAAUUAAAUCAGGGAAGGUGCUGCCACGAAAAACUACCAAAAAGUCCUUGACUUUUAAAAAACGAGUAUCCUCGGAUGAAUCAACAGAUGAUGAUUCCUUAGUUAAAAGUUUUGCAGAUACCGAUAAAUCUAUUGGAUCGUUCUUUGACUCCGAGAGCUUGGAUUUGAAUAAUUACGUUCUCGUGUGGUUUGAAGGUCCACAAGAUCAGUUUUACGUUGACCGCAUAGUACGCAAGUUCGAAAGUUCUCUUGAAUCCAACCUAUUGUUAAAGACGUAACGUUUGUACCGAGAGCAGAUAUUGUAUUGAAGCUUUCUGAGCCCAUCCAUCCACCUGGAACUUCUCGAGCGUCGGCAACAUAUAUAUUUGAAUCAGAUUUAAGGGGCUAUACCAGUGUGACACUUUCAAAAAAAAAAUUUUUUUUUUUUGCUUUUUUCGAUAGCUUAUAUAUUCAAAAAUAUCCUGUGAAAUCGGCGAGGUCGUAUUUUAAAUAGUUUUUGAAUGGCAGCGUUCUAAAUAGCGACCGCUCAGAGGUGCAAACAUAUAUAAGUGAAACUUUAAACGCGUUUUUCUCGAAACGACAUUUUUCAAAUUUGCUGACAUUAUAACUCAACGAGAAAUUAACCGAUCGACUUCAAAUUAAAACUGGAUAUAGUUGAAUACAUUUGCUAUACAAUAGACUACGAUCUUUUUGAUUGGCUGAAAAUUGUCAAUUUGGCAUUAAAAAAACGAGAAUUUUUUUCGUAAAAAACGAUUUUUUUUUUCAAAAUGGCGCCAUUUUCUUAAUUUUUGAUAUUUUUCAAAGAUCGUAGUCCAUUGUAUAGAAAAUAUAUUUAAGUUUAAUAAACAUUUUGAAUUUUUUUGUUUCAGCUACUCAAUCGACCGGAAUCAUGCCAGCAGUUGAGGCACUUUUUUUUUUUGGCACUUCCGCAGACAGCACAUUACUCCGUUAUUUUUCAAUAUUUUUGUAAAAUUUUUUUUUUUAAUAUAGCUAAAAAUAUACUUUAUUACGUCCAUAGAACGUCGAAACAUUCAA